AUGGUAGAAGGUCCCUCCUUAACCCAAGAGACAGGGAUUUUGCUGAGGCGCGCAGUUGACGAUGCGGGGUUGAUUGACGUCGACUUCUCCGGUAAUAGAUUCACUUGGAGCAACAAUCAGAGCGAGAACGUCAGAACUUGGGCGAGGCUCGAUAGGGCACUUUAUAAUGCUGAUUGGCUGCGGUCCUUUCCCCUCUUUCAAGUUGCUCACCUGCCUCGUUCGAACUCUGACCAUGACACCUUGAUGAUUUCUUUCCCGUGCUCCCCUCCACCUUGUCUGAAAUCGUUUCGUUUUCAGCGUAUGUGGUGUCUUUAUGAAGAUUUUCAGAAUAUAGUUAAGACUACUUGGGAUAGUGAAGCCUCUGCUUCUCCAAUGAUUUCGAUUUUGCUCAAACUCAGGAAAGUUAAGCAGGCUCUCAAAACCUGGAACAGAGAAUCCUUCGAGAAUGUUUUCACAAAGCGAAAGGAGGAUGAACAAAGGCUAGACCAGCUAGAACACAGCCAGCAGGACAGUGUCGUCCCCUGCCUGGAAGAAGAUUUUUUUGCCCAAAACUCCCUGGCCAGGUGGGAACUAGCCAAGGAAAUUUUCUGGAAACAGAAGGUGUGUAAUAAUUGGCUAAGGGAGGGAGACUGCAACACUAAGUUCUUCCACCUAUCAGCCACUGACCGAGCUAGGAGAGCGAACAUCAAGGAAAUCAAAUUGGAAGAUGAUACGGUCUUCGCCCAGCAGACUGAAACUAUGUUAGCCCACAUCCCCAUCAGCAUCUCUGAUGAGGAUAAUUCCUUUCUGCUGAACCCGCCCACCAUAGAGGAGGUCCAUCAAGCAGUUUUUUCGCUUCCUUCUGACAGCACCCCAGGCCCAGAUGGCUUUGGUGGUGCUUUCUUCAAGGAGAUUUAG